AGACCUACAAGGAAACAAUAUCAGCAUCAUCUAUGAAACCGAUCUUCAGGAAUUGGUGAAACUUAAAAUUUUGGAUCUCAGUCAUAACUUAAUAUCGGUGAUUGGACGAAAAACUUUCCGAGGUGCCACAGCGAUCAAAAAUCUGCAACUGGAUAAUAAUAAAAUCACGUGCAUUGAUGAUAACGCACUAAGAAGUAUGAAGGACUUGGAAAUUCUGACUCUCAACAAUAACAAUCUCACAUGGUUGGGCAAAGACAUGUUCAGCAACAUGUUUAGGCUGCGGACUCUUCGACUCAGCGAGAAUCUUUUCCAUUGCGACUGUCAACUUUCUUGGCUGGCCAGGUACCUAAGGCAUUCUCCUAGGUUAGCCCAGUAUACGAGAUGCUACUCUCCGACACACCUGAAAGGACAAGCUCUGGUGGAUCUCCAGGAUCAAGAGUUCAAGUGUUCAGGACUGGUGGAACGUCCCAUAAACGGAGAAUGUAUCAGUGAACCUCAAUGCCCUCAUCCCUGUAGAUGUGCCGACGGAAUAGUCGAUUGCCGUGAAAAAGUACUCAUAAUCGUUCCCGAUCAUCUUCCCGAAGGAAUAACCGAAUUGCGAUUCGAACAAAACGAAAUUAUCGAAAUCCCAACCAAAGCAUUUGUUGCACACAAACGCCUAAGAAGAAUUGAUUUAAGUAACAACAAAAUAGCAAAAAUAGCCUCAGAUGCAUUUCAAGGCCUCAAAGCUUUAACUUCUCUAGUUUUAUAUGGCAACAAAAUCAAAGAUCUUCCUGCUGGGAUAUUUCAAGGCCUAGUGUCCCUCCAGCUUCUAUUACUGAAUGCCAACGAAAUUUCCUGUAUAAGAAAAGAUACCUUUCAAGACUUACACAGCCUGAGUUUACUGUCUCUUUAUGAUAACAACAUACAAUCCUUAGCUAACGGCAGUUUCGACUCCCUUCGAAGCAUCCAGACUCUACACCUUGCUAGGAACCCAUUCAUUUGCGACUGCAACUUAAAAUGGCUGGCAGAAUACUUGCAUCGAAAUCCCAUAGAGACUUCAGGCGCAAGAUGCGAAACGCCGAAACGAAUGCAGAGGAGAAGGAUCGAAUCUCUGAAGGAUGAAAAGUUCAAAUGUAAGGGUCAGGAAGAGUUUAGGACUCGGUAUGCAGGGGAAUGCCUGAUUGAUAACGCUUGUCCUUCUGGAUGUUCUUGCGAAGGUACCAUUGUGGACUGUUCUGGUCGUAACCUCAAAGAAAUACCAAGAGACAUUCCACUUUACACCACAGAAUUACUAUUACAUGACAAUGAUUUAGGGAGAAUAAAAUCUGAUGGCUUAUUCGGAAGAUUACCAAAUUUGGUAAAGUUGGACAUGAGAAGGAAUCAGAUUACUGGUAUUGAGGAGAACUCUUUUGAGGGAGCUUCGAGGAUAUCUGAAUUAUUGCUGUCUGAGAACAAACUACUAGAAAUCCACAACAAAAUGUUCCUUGGACUUCACCACUUGAAAGUUUUGUCAUUGAAUAACAACCAGAUAACUUGUGUGAUGCCCGGAUCUUUUGAUUUUCUCCAAUCUCUCCAUACACUGAACCUUGUACAGAACCCUUUCAUGUGUAACUGUCACUUGGCAUGGUUCUCAGAAUGGCUAAAAAAUAAAGGACUUAGUGGUUCUGCUCCAAGAUGUGCAGGACCAGAUCGAGUGAAAGAUGUUCUUAUUAGAGAACUUCCCAAAACCGAAUUUAAAUGUACAAGUGAAAAUGACCAAGGUUGUUUGGGAGAAAACUACUGUCCACCUAUGUGCUCUUGCACUGGUACAGUGGUCCGUUGUUCCAGAGCCAAACUCAAAGAGGUACCAAGAGGCAUACCACCUGAAACUUCAGAGCUAUAUCUAGAUUUUAACGAUAUCGACAGAAUUCAAGCAGACAGAAUAAGUCAUCUGAAGUCCUUGACAAGACUAGAUCUGAGUAACAACAGAAUAGGAAUGUUGUCGAAUGAUACAUUUACCAAUCUCUCAAAAUUAUCUACACUCAUAAUAAGUUACAACAAAUUGCAAUGUGUUCAGAGGGAUUCUCUACAAGGAUUAACAUCACUGAGAAUUUUAUCUCUCCACGGAAAUCAAAUCUCUCUAAUUCCUGAAGGAACUUUUGCCAACUUGAAAUCCAUCAGUCAUAUAGCUCUAGGUUCCAAUCCAUUGUACUGUGACUGUUCUCUGAGGUGGCUCUCUGAGUGGGUAAAAAUCGACUAUGUCGAACCAGGAAUAGCUCAUUGUGGUGAACCUCCUAAUAUGAAGGAUAAAUCCAUAUUGUCCACUCCAUCUACAGCAUUCAUUUGCAAAGGAAAAAUUGGUAAUGAUAUUUUGGCAAAAUGUGAUGCUUGUUACACUUUCCCCUGCAAAAAUAAUGGAAAAUGUGUUACAAUGCCUGAAAGAGAUUAUCAAUGCAAAUGUGCGCCUGGAUAUCAUGGAAAAAACUGUGAAUUCAUGAUUGAUGCUUGCUAUGGGAACCCUUGUAGGAACCAGGGUACUUGCAAAGUUCUGGAAGAAGGAAGAUUCAGCUGUGAGUGUCAACCGGGAUUCACCGGUUUGCGCUGCGAGCAUAAUAUUGACGACUGCCUUGGAAACAAAUGCCAAAACAAUGCUACCUGCUUGGAUUUAGUCGACUCGUACCAGUGCAAGUGCCCCGCUGGAUUUAUGGGCGACUAUUGUGAGCGGAAAAUUCCCUUUUGUACAGAGCAAUAUAAUCCUUGUAAAAAUAAUGCUCGUUGCGUUGAUCACGAUACUUAUUACAACUGCGAGUGUUUACCUGGUUUUAAGGGCGAGAACUGCACCACAAAUAUUGACGACUGCGAGAACCACAUGUGCCAGAACGGCGCCAGUUGUGUAGAUGGUAUUAACGAGUACUUCUGCAAAUGUACUGGCGAAUAUACUGGUAAAUUCUGUGAAAUAACACCCUUUGUGGCCAUGAUGUACCCCCAGACUUCGCCUUGCCAGCAUCAUGAUUGUGUCCACGGAGUGUGUUUCCAGCCAUCGGGAUCUAAUGACUAUGUCUGCAAGUGUGCUCCCGGAUACUCAGGGAAACGUUGUGAAUACUUGACAAGUCUCAGUUUUAUCCAUAACACGUCAUAUGUAGAACUGGAACCCCUGAGAACAAAACCUGAAGCCAAUGUUACUAUAGUUUUUGCAACAACCCAAGAAAAUGGUGUAUUAAUGUACGAUGGACAUCAAGAACAUUUAGCUGUUGAGUUAUUCAAUGGAAGGAUUAGAGUGAGUUAUGAUAUUGGAAACUACCCUGUUUCAACCAUGUACAGUUUUGAAAUGGUCUCUGACGGGCAGUAUCACAUUGCUGAAUUAAUUGCAGUCAAGAAAAAUUUUACUUUACGUGUAGAUAGAGGAUUGGCAAGGAGCAUAAUCAACGAAGGAUCUAAGGAAUACUUGAGGUUGACAACUCCCAUGUAUUUGGGAGGUAUUCCUCCGGAACCUGGUCUAGAGGCUUUCACACAAUGGCAUUUGCGAAACUUGACUAGUUUUUAUGGUUGUAUGAAAGAAGUCUGGAUUAACCACAAACCUGUAGACUUUGGGAACGCCAAAAUUCAGCAGAAAGUACAACCUGGUUGUGGCAUGAUAGACGCUGACAAAGAAGAUGAAGAACAAGAAGAUGAAAUGGAUGAAAUGGUGGAAGAGGCAGCAAGUCCACCCGAUCCCUGUCUUGGCAAUCACUGCAAACACGACAGCAAGUGUAUUGCAACGCGCAACGGAGAGUAUGCUUGCAAAUGCAGGCCCGGCUUCAGGGGCAAAUACUGCGAGCAAGGUGAGGAGGAGUCACCAACUUGCCGAAAAGAGCAAGUUCGUGAACAUUACUCAGAAAAUGGAUGCAGAUCAAGAAAGCCAUUGAAAAUGGCAAGGUGCGUUGGCACUUGUGGAUCAAGUUGCUGCCAUGCCAGAAAAAGUAAAAGGCGAAAGGUACGACUUUUAUGCAACGAUGGCACCAGGUACACCAAAGACAUCGACAUCGUGCGUAAAUGUGCUUGCACGAAGAAAUGUUACUGACUGACAGACGCCGCUAAUCACAAUUCUAACACGCAAUCUCUGCAAGAGACUGUGAAACUCAAUGAAAGCGAGACUGACCUACUCGCCCCCGUACACGCCCCAAUGACCCAGGAACUCAACUUAGAACCCACAAGCCCACCGUACAAGUUGACUUUUUAUUACGAAAAUGAUAAAAAAGCAAGGAACUUGCACCAGACUGAUUCCCAUGAUUCUCAAGGCAACUAUGAUGGACUCGUAGUGCAAAGCUAUGACAACUCUGUUGAAGCAAAUAAGGCAGCAAGGUAUGCAAAGGAUUUGAAAGAGCACGGCACAGGAUGUAUUCUUUCAGCAUUUCUCUACUUCAUCACCAUAACAUCAUUUGUCUACCUAGCGGUAUUAUGGAUCAAGCAACGUAUGCACAUGCAUGUCGAACAGAUGCAGUGGUGGUAACCCUCGACGUAUUCGUUAUUUAGAAUAUAUAAAUUUUAUAAAAUUCAACGGCUCCUUCGAAAUGAUUGUAUAUCAUGGGUUAUGUCCUAGGUAGUUAUGAAAUUUUUUCCAAAAAUGUCUUGAAAUUGAUAAAGGAACAGAAUUUUGGUCUGCAAUAUUACUUAACAUAUUGACUUUUCAAGUGAAGGAUAGUGUAAAUAACCAAAUAUGAGAUUGAAAAUAAGAAUUAAAUACUAGUUUGGCCACUGAGAAUAAGUUUCUUAUAAACCACAAUUUUUUUUUCAUUUCACCUAUGACAUAACUCAUUUGAUUAUCAACUAUACAAUGAAUAUUUAUAUAUUGCUAUUUAUAGAAUUAUCAAAACUGCAUGAUUAGAUCCAAAAAAAAACAUCUGUAACUGCAUGAGAUCCAUAUAUCGAGCCUAACUAGUAUUAUUUUCACCAAGAUGUGUAUUAUUAUCAUUUAAAAAUGUUUGAAAAUACCCGAUUUUCGACAAACAAAUUCCCGAACAGACUGUAUUAAUGAAACCCGAAAAUGUUAGAAUUGUGACUAGCGGCGUUAUCUCUUGAUCUUACAAGGAAACAAGGUUAAAAAUUAGGUUAGUUUUUAUCGUGUGAAACACAACGUUUAUAGGGUAGUCGUAAGAAAAUUUGUGCUCUUCUUCAAUGAAACGACGAUGUAUGGUAAAAUAUGCAGGAUUUUAAUUUGAACACUUCCCACAUCAAAAUCUUCCAUUAAAUUAUUUUGAAAUAUACUUAAUUUUUGUUGUUUAGUGGGAGACGUUAAACAAAAAUUUGCAGUUUUUCUGUUUCAACCUUCACAGAAAUGAUGAAAUAUAAAAUAAAAUGACGUGAAUUUGUUACAACAAAAGAUUAUACAUUCAAAUAUAAAGAAGUGUAUAGGAAAAUUCCAAAAAAAAAGUACAUAUUCAAUGAAAUAUAUUAAGCAAUAGUUUAAAAUAUGUUCUCGUAAUAAAUGUUUGAAAUUCCUCAGAAUACCUGUCAAGAUUUUGUUUGUGUUUUAUAUGACUGUAUCAUCAUCAAACAAAUUUUUUGUGUGCGAACCUAUUAUGUAGUUGAAGUCGUUUAGAUAAAUUGUAAAUAACAAUGGCCCCAACACGCUUUCUUGUCGCACACCAAAAUUUACAAUCAGAAAAGACACUGUUAAUUCUUGUGGCUUGAUUUCUAUAAGUCUAGUAGUUAUGUAACCACAUUUGACCUGUAAUUUUAACAUAAUUUAGUUUUUCAACUAAAAUAUUUUCAUAGAUAUACUACAAAUUGAUUUCAUCACCAGAUCUUUGCUUACAAUAAACAACAUUGUCAUGAGGUUGUGACUAUAACUGCUGUUUUCGAUGUGAAAGUCAAUCAUAAUUAUAAUUUAUUCUCGACACUUCUCAUCGAACAUGACCAUUCUAAGAACAAUGUUGAAAUUCGAGCGCACAUUCUCAAUACAAGGAGUCAAAAAUAGAUUUCCGGAUAUCACUGAUCGAAUAUAAUAAGUCAUAAUAUUAAAAAAAAUUGAAUGAGCUCAAAAUUUAACUUCCUUUCUUUUAAAAAUACACCUAAAGUGACUGAAUAAACAGGGCUGCAAAUAUUUUCCAAGUCUUUGUCUUGAAAAUAAUAUUGGUGUAUUUUUUCACUUUCAAUCAUUAUUUUGUUGAAGAAAGAUUUUGAUAGCAAGAAGUUUUCAAAGUAACACUCUGUAGCAAGGAAAGUUUAUUUUAAUACUUGCAUUACUAGGCAGACUGCGAGAAAGAGAAACAUCCUCUAUCAUAAUUAGAGAGUAACAAAAUUUUCUUAGACCGCUCAGUAUUAAUGUUCCCGUACAUGAAAGUAUUUCAUUUAUACGAUUCAAUAAACAUCACUAUAGUAAGGAUAGAAUAAAACAUUUUAUAAUUGUAUAUAAGUAUGCAAGAUAAUUGAAAUGGGACAUAUUUAUUACCGAUAUAAUUUAUUCAAAUUGAUUCCUUCUUGUUGUUACCAUUUACUCAACAAACUUUUUCAAUUGUCUUGAAUACAAGUAGAUUAAGGAAUUCAUAAAUACAUUCUUAUACUCUGCGCUCACAAAAACGUGUAAUCCUACUUCUCGAUUUAUUUAUUUUCAUAUAGAUUCCUCAGUGAGUGUAAGAAUAAAUUUUAAAAAAAGAUUGUAAAGUAUAUUUAGUUUUUAAGAAAGUACUAUCUGUUGUAACUAGAUUUCUCAAUUCUGUUCCAUUUUCAAUAAUUCCAUAAAAAUAAAAAGUAUACAUUUACAUCAAGUUUUUUACCUACAAAUUGGAUACUGAUUCGCCUAAUAAUUGUAAUUUAUAUCCAACCCAACUUGUGUAUAAAAUAUAUUGAAUUUAUCGUAA